AUGGCCGAGGCUCUGCCCGCGUGGUGGGGCCCGGGCUGCGGGGGUUUGGCGCGGCGGCGAGCGCAGGGUCGGCGUGUAGGGGGACUGCGGUGGCUAUCUUUGCUGCUGGCGCUGCUCUGCGUGGCUACGCGGGCGCAUGGUGCCUCGGUGACGGUGAGCUCCUUCCUGCAGGGGACGCCUGGGGGCGACGCGCUGGACUACACCGAGCAGGGAGCGGACCUCGUGAUGCAGCCGAACAUCGUGAUCACGCACAGCGCGGACAGCGCGGUCAGCACCGUGACCAUCCGCGCAACGGCCCAGCAGUCCGGCGACCUGCUCGAGCUGCCCUCCGCGAGCCGCCCCGCGUCCAUAGCGGUCACGUACGACUCCGUGACCAACACCCUGACGCUCUCUGCCGCCUCCGGCAGCAACCCGACCGAGGCGGACUGGCAGAGCGCGCUGCGGGCCGUCGUCUUCAAGAACGUCGACCCCGUCUCCGGAACGGGGCCCUUCACCAACCCCAGCGGCGCCACGCGCAACUACCAGUACACUCUCACGCAGACCAACGCCGGGGAGGUCAACAUAGGCUUCUCGCAGAACCUCGACUUCGUGCUGGUGAACGACGCGCCCACGGUGACCAUCCCGACCACCUCGCUGGCGUAUACGGAGGGCGACGCCAACCUCGUGCUGGCGUCGGGGCUCACGAUCGCCGACCCGGAGAGCAACGCGAUGAAGCAGGCGGUGAUCACGGUGGACGCCACGCUCGGCGGGUUCCAGUCCGGGUCGGACGUCCUGGGCAUCCCCAUUGCCAACGCGGUGGCGCUCGGCGUGACCUGCAACGGCGUCGCGGUGACCGCCGGGUCGGCCGCGUCGGUCUGCGAGUCCACGACGGGCAACCUCACGCUCGCUCUGAGCGGCAGCGCCGCCAUCGCCGACUGGCAGGCCGCCCUGCGCGCCGUGUUCUUCAGGAACAGCGCCCCGAACAUCGACGUGCAGACGCGCCGCGUCUCUUUUGUCGUGACGGACUCGGGCGUGCAGGGUGUCGCCGGCGGGACGGCUAGCAACGUCGCCAGCGCCGCGGCAUCGGGCGCCGGCGCCUGCUCGUCGUGCGUCGUCGCCAUCGCCGUCACCAAGGUCAACUCCGCGCCGGUCCUCACGUGCCAGGCCGCCUCCUCGGGCACGUGCUCGUACACGAGCCCCUACGUCGAGGACAACGACUUCGACACGAACGGCGACCACAGGAUCGAUCCGUCGAUGACGCUGACUGACGUCGACUCGGCCAACAUGGAGCGCAUCACGGUGGCGUUCACGUCGGGGUACGUCGCGGGAGAGGACUUCCUGCUGGUCCACCCGAACUGCACGCUCUCGAGCGGCGCGGCGUGCUCGACGGUCACCAACGCCACGUUCGACGCCACUGCUGGGUCCCUCCUCGUGCUGUUCGCGAACGCGGCGGCGCAGCAGCUCCUCGCGGAGACGCAGACGAUCGUGCGGAACAUCGCGUACCGCAACGUGAAGCACGCGCCGGUCACCGCCACGCGCCAGGUGUCGUUCACCGUGCGGGACAAGGACUCGCAGGACCCCAAGACGUCCAACGCGCAGGUGGUGGCGAUCAGCGUGACGCCGCGGAACGACUUCCCCGCGAUCCAGAUCCGCACGCAGGCCGUCGAGUACGGCACGGACCUCCUCACGAACCCCGCGGCGAGCACCGCGGGGCGCGUGUACACGGUGCAGCCCGCGCUCAACAUCACGGACCUGGACAACAGCACGGUCGUGCUCGCGCAGGCCAUCGUGUCGCUCGGGUGCAGCGGGAACGGCACCGACAACCUCGCGGCGUCGUCCGUCGCCGCGGGCAUCUCCUGCGCGUACGUCCAGAGCUCCUGCACGCUCACGUGCACCGGCGAGGCCACCAAAGAGCUCUACCAGAGCACGAUGCGGAGCGUCGUGCACACGAUCACGGGCGACACGGGCGUGUACAAGCGCUCGAUCAACUUCCGCGUCGAGGACGGCCGCGACGCGUCGGACACGAGCAAGGCCGGGCAGGCGUCGCACCCGAACUACGUGACGGUGUCGGACUUCUGGGCAUCGGACUUCAUGCCCACGCCGACGCUCUCCGCGAUCGCGGCGUUCGACGGCAACGCCGCGGGGAUCCCGACGUCUGGCGGGCAGAUCCGCAUCACCGGCACCGGGUUCGGGCCGCAGGGGGUGCGCGCGGACUCGGUGGACGCCAGCGGGGUGCGCGACGCGGUGCUGUUCGCGGCGCAGAACCUCGUGAACCGCAUCGUGAUCGGCAACGGCGAGUGCACGAACAUCGUGGUGACCGUGGAGGAGACGGAGAUCCGGUGCACGGCGCCGGAGGGCUUCGGGACGCAAAACACGUUGUCGGUGGUGGUGUCGAGCAAACAGUCGACGGAGCUCGCGGGGUUGACGUACCAGCCGCCGACGGUCACGGCGGUCACGCCGAUCCCGACCCCGGGGGGGUCGGUGAACCUCACGGGGACGAACUUCGGCCCGCUGGGGUCGUCGGGGCUGGACCCCAACACCCCGCUUACGAACAAGCGCGGGUCGGUGACGUUCACGAUCAAGUCGGUCGCGGUGCUGUGCCAGUCGUCGGCGGUGACGGUGGCGCACACGCAGAUCACGUGCACCGUCCCGACGGCGUCGACGGGGUCGGGGUACAACGUGGAGGUCCAGGUGGCGGGGCAGACGUCCGGCACGGUCGCCAGCAUCGUCAAGUACGCCGACCCGACGAUCGACGCGGGGGUGUUCCGCGCGUCGUUCCUGGCGACGAACAACGCGCCGCUGACCAUCACGGGGGCGAACUUCGGCCCCGCGGGGACCAACAUCGGGCUCAGCGUCAACCUGCAGCCCGCGGGGAGCACGAACUCGAGCGAGAUCUUCGCGUGCAGCUCGCCGCAGGUCCUGAGCCACACCAGCUUCAAGUGCACGCCCCCGCGCGCGGACGACGCGGCGGUGGGCAUCGCGCUGUCGUCGCAGGUGGACUGGGAGAACUCCAAGCUGUUCCGCGUGAUCUUCACCCAGGACGGCCUGAGCGUCACGGCGGAGAACAAGUUCCGCUACGAGGGGCCGGUCAUCACGGCGGUGGCCAACGUGUCGCACUGGGGCGAGGACCUGACCAUCACGGGGCGCAACUUCGGGCCCAACCUGGUGCAGGACUCGGUCGCGCCGAACGAGCGCCACGUCAUGACGGUGGUGCACGCCGGCGGGAACACCACGUACGACAGCACCACCGCCGACGUCCCGGCGCCGGCGUGCUCCACCAACAAGUACGCGGUCGUCACCGAGGACACCACCUUCUGCGGGUUCCUCCCCACGUGGCGCGUCCACAGCCUGCAGACCACCGUCCUCGUCACCGUGACGAUCAAGAACCAAAGGUCCAACGCCUUCACGGUCACCUACGCCCCGCCCCAGAUCACCAGCACGAUUGAGGCCUCGCACCUCGGCGGCGGCCCCGGCGGCAUCGGCACGGCCGUCGCCAUCACGGGCAAGUACCUCGUCCCGCGCUACCUCGGGCAACACAGCAACCCGGGCCUGGGCACGCCGCCGUCGUCGGGCGCCAACGCGUACCCACUGUGGGCGGCGUUCUCGAGCCUGUCGAACGUGACGGACUACGUGAGCAUGCAGGGCAACGCCGGCACGCUCGUGAACGUCUCGAACGCGGCCGGGCAGUUCGUGUCGUGGUCGUCGUCGUCCGAGGUGGUGCACAUCUUCCGGACGGUGGCCGACGAGUCCGUGGCGGGGUCCUCCGCGCCGACGACGGGCUCGGGGAGGGACAUUCUGCUCACGCUGAACGGCCUCACGACGGGAACGUCCGGCAACGGGCGCGUGAACUUCCUGCCGCACACGCUGACCAACGUCAGCUCGGUCGACACGGGCGGCGGGACGGUGACGAUCUUCGGGUCGCGGCUCGGGCCGACGGGAACGACGUUCUUCAACACGGGGUCCUUCUCCGGCGCGGGCGUCAAGGUGUGCGCCACGGCCGCGUGCGCGACCACGGUGGACUGCACGUCGCCGACGGUGACCGUCCAGGACACCGCGCUGACGUGCACGCUCGCGCCGCCGAGCUCCCCGGGGUACCUCGACCAGCUGAGCGUCCCCGUGAACGUCUCGAUGGCCGGCGCGAACGUCCAGAUCGCCAGCGCGUUCAGCGUCAACCCCCCCACCAUCACGGGGCUGCAAAAGGACCCGGCGGAGGCGACGUUCGCCAGCGACAGCGCGACGGUGCGCGCUGACGGGUCCGAGCGGUUCGAGAUCACCGGCACGAGCCUCGGGCAGGCCGGGUACGCCGUCGUGCUGACCGUCAAAGGCGUGCCGUGCGUCAACGUGACCUACACGACAGCACACACGAAGAUCACGUGCUUCCCGCCGCCCGGCAUCGGGCAGAACGCGACGAACCCGGUGCAGCUCAAGGUCCGCGCGAGCGACGGGUCGAACCGCACCGCGGACUCGCCGACCGGCGUCACCUACACGCGUCCCAUCAUCACCAGCAUCGACCCGGUGGGCACGGAGCCCGGGUCGCCCGUGGUGAUCCGCGGCGUCAACUUCGGCCCGCCCGGGACAUCGCUCGAGAGCGACUGGAUCAUGGACGACGUCACCGGCGUCGUCCUCGCCUCCAAGACGGUCGUCAACGACACCACCAUCACGCUGACCAAGCAGGGGCGCGCGGCGGGGUCGACGCUCACGGGCAACACGGGCGUCGUCGGCUCGCUCGGCGGCGCGGACCGCACGCUCAUCGCCAAGUGGACGGACCCGUACGCCGGCACCGUGGAGGCCCUCUUCAGCUACAAGGCCCCGACCAUCUCCGAGGUGGUCAAGGUGCCGUGGAUCAGCUCGAGCACCUCGGGCGACGUCGUCGAGAUCCGCGGGUCCGACUUCGGCGACUUCUUGUACCAGACGACGCUGUCCUUCCCGCAGGUCCCGGCCACGUACCCCAACUUCACGAACGUCGCGCCGGGGAAGCCGACGAUCGCCUUCUCGACGGUGCACUCCGACGAGGACGGCGUGUGCGAGGUUCUGUCCUUCGCGGACAGCCCGUCGGGCGUCUGCGACGCGCGCGGACACACCUGCCUGCGCUGCCGCAUGCGCUGCGCCCUCAACAACGUGACGAACGCCCUCACCAAGGCGCCGUGCGACCCGCGCUUCGCGCGCGACGUGACGUUCACGCGCCUCGGCCAGAGCAACACUGUCGCGAACCGCGCCGCGAAGAUGGUCUUCAUCGGGCCCAACGUGACGGCCGCAAGCGACACGUACAUGUUCGGCGGCGUCGAGCACCCCUCCGCGCUGACGUGCACGAACUGCGGCGACGGAGCGGCCGGACAGGCCACGAAGACCGCGCUCGUGGACGUGCGGCACUGCCCGUACACCACGAUCGCGGAGUGCAACUCCACCGGCGCGUGGCUGAGCGCCAACAACGGCGGGACGCCGACGCGGUUCUCCGCGAACGUCACGGCGUACCCGCAGGCGCAGACGGUCACGGGCGAGACCGUCACCGUCGGGGGCGUCAACCGCGUCGCGAACCGCAGCACAAUCGAGGUUAUCAUAUCCUACACCCGCCCUGACAGCAGUGUGGUCAACAUCACCUCGACGUUCUCGCUCGCGGGCCCGCCGGGCGGCGCGGAGCUCAUGCGCGUCAAAGCGCCCGAGCUGCUCAAGUCGGACGGCACGGCGGCGCCCCCCGCGGACCUCACGUCGCUCCUGGCCGUGCGCCCCUUCACCAACUCCACGCGCUACACGUUCGGCGCCAAGGGCAUCCGGCCGCACGUGGGGACGCUCCCGCUGUCGAACCAGUACAACUCCGGCAGCGCGAACGGCAUCGGGCUCGUCGGGAUCGUCAUCAGCGACAUCUUCUUCGCGGACUCGUUCCAGGGUCUCACGCCGACCAACCCCGUGGUGAACAGCGACACGUCGCUGUCGCUGACGUUCCCGGACGGGUUCGGCACGCGCACGCUCAACCUGCUCUUCCAGUGCGACACCGCGGCGACCUGGGACGCGUCGCUGUGCAAGGGGCAGACCGGCGCCAUUGCGUACAAGUACGGGGACCCGGUGGUGGUGGCGGCGGAGGAGGGCGUGGUGUCGCUGGGGGCGUUCACGAACACCUCGACGGCGCUCGUGAGCCCGAACGCGAACACGAACAUCACGGUCAAGGGCUACAACUUCGGCGCGUCGUCGACGAUCUCGCCGCGCCCGAUCAACGUGCUGUUCACCGACGCGCUGGGCAACCUGGUCAACGUGACGGACUCGAUCUUCGGCGUCGCGCACAACGCGACCGCGGGCUUCGACGAGCUCAAGGUCACCAUCCCGCCCGGGCGCGGCAAGGGCCUGAAGAUCUUCUUCGGCCUUCUGGACCAGAACGUGACGUCGGGCCCGCUGAUCAGCUACGCGCCGCCGACGCUGGCGUCCGUGACGACGGUCCCGACGGGGCCCGUCGCGACGCUCGGCGUCACCACGCCCACGGGCGGGGCGAACAAGUUCCUGGCCGUCAACAUCACGGGCAGCAACUUUGGUCCUGUCGGCGACCUGGCCGGGGUGGCCUCCGUCACGCUCAUCCCGACGGACGUGGCGACGCAGGGGUCGCUCGAGUCGACGUGCCGCGACCCGAAGGUGCUGGUGGCCAACACCGUGAUUCAGUGCUACGUCGGGGAGGGCUCUGGGAGCGGCUAUGACGUCAGGCUGUGCUAUGGCGACCCGACGUGCGCGAACACGCAGACGGGCGACGUCGUCACGCUCAGCAGGGGCUUCUCGUACCUGCCGCCGACGCUCGCGCUCACGCCCGAGGUCAACUUCUUCGGCACGCUCGUCAACGAGACCUUCGCCAUCAACGGCACCAACUUCGGGCCGGCCAAGGACGUUUCGACGCGGCAGUUCUCCUUCAACACCGUGUACGACGUGCGCUGGCGGAACUCGGCGGGCACGGAGGCGGUGUGCUCGAGCCCCGCGACGAACGCGGACAACCUGCACCGCCAGCUGGUGUGCACGGUGCCCAACCUGGCGACGGCGUACAACCCCAACGUCGCGCAGACGCCCUUCGGCGGCGCGGACCUCAAGGGCAUCUCGCUCUUCGUCAACGUGUCGAACCAGCAGGCGUUCACCACGUCGUACAACUUCAGCCGCCCGACGAUCGUCAACGCCACGCGCCCGGGCAUCUACGGCGGACCGUUCAUCAUCAACGGGCACACGUUCGGCCCCGUCGGCGACACGUACCUGGGCAACGUGUUCUGGACCAACGGCCAGACGCUCCUGCAGCGCUCGUCGGCGCAGCCCACCGUGGUCACGACCAACACGCAGAUCCGCGUCAUCGCGCCGCCCGGCACGGGCCUCACGUCCGUCGCGAUCAACGUCGGCGGGUACCUCACCGUCGGCGGGACGGGCGUCGUGAGCUACCGCGGGCCGGUCGUGGUGUCCGCCACGGAGCCGCUCACCGCUGGCGGGACGCUCAACAUCACCGGCGAGAACUUCGGCCCCGUGCGGCAGGUGGCGUCGCCCGACUUCAUCAUCGUCAACGGGUUCGACUGCACGUCGACGGCGCGCGUGUUGGCCCAGAACACCAGCACCGGCGCGGGCGUGAUGUCGUGCGACGUCCCCGAGGGCUCUGGGUCGGGGUACACCAUCCAGAUGCAGCUCAAGGGCACGAGCGACGAGUCGAGCGGCGUCGGGAAGUUCAAGUACGCGAACCCGGUGGUGACGAACGUGACGACGCUCGCGGGCGGCCCGAACCCGUCCCCCGGCGAGCGCGUGCUGAUCUCCGGGACGUCGUUCGGCAAGAACGUGACGGCGGACGCCAUCAGCGCGACGGUGAACGGGCUCGGGUGCACGGACGUGGCGGUGACGGCGAACCACACGCAGAUCGCGUGCACAAUGAACGCUGCCGUCACGGGGCGCAACAAGGUCGCGCAGGUCACGGUCAAGGGCCUGACGUCCGCGCAGUUCCUGUUUGACAUUGCGGCGCCGGUCAUCACGAGCGUUUCGAACGUGACGUCGCGCGGCGGCCUGGUCGUGAUGACGGCGAACAACACGGGCCCCGUGGGCAGCACGUUCCUCACGGGCGCCAACGCCAUCUCGUUCGGCAGCGCCAACUGCUCCAGCCCCACUGUGGUGGCCGUGUUCGACAACGGGGCGCGCGGGAACCUCACGUGCACGCUGCCGCAGCUCGGCACGACCUCGGGCUUCAGCACGUCGGACCUCGACGGCGACGGCGCGAUGGACGUCGUGCUGCGCGUGUCGGGCACACCGUCCGCCGCCUACAAGUGGUCCUUCGACGCCCCGGAGCUGACGCGGAUCGUCACGCCCGAGGCGUUCGCCGGGCAGAACGUCACCUUCGCGAUGAAGAACGCGGGCGCGUUCGGGAGCAACGUCGCCAUCACGUUCCGGCACCCCUCCGGGGCGGUGUUCCCCGCAGACAUGUCGACCGCCGUGGCCACGCACGACUUCGUGUUCUUCCCGGCGCCGCCGGGGUACGGCGCGUCCGUGACGUUCGAAGUCUUCGUGUUCGGCCGCGAGGCCCUGUACACCAACGUCACGGGGACCACCAACCAGGCGACCAAGCCCACGUGGAAGUUCGCCGCCCCCUCCGUGCGGCAGGGCGGACACACGCCCCCGGCCAACACCACGGGCGGCGACACGGACAUCUUCGGCACGGGCUUCGGCCCCGUCCGCACGGGCACCAACGUCGUCGUCACGCUCACGGGGCCCAUGGGGGUCUUUGGAUGCACCAACCCUCGCGUCAUCGUGCCCGACAUCCAGCUCCGCUGCACGGUGCCCCCGGGCGCCGGCGCGCAGUACUCGGUCCGGAUGGUCGUCGACGCGCAGGUCAACACCGACCUCAACCAGGCCCUGUCUGCCUGGAGGUACCCCGCGCCGGCGCCGGCGUUCGUGACGCCGCGGAGCCUCGCGGCGGGGACGAACAUGACGAUCAACGGCACGAACUUCGGGCCGAUCCACCCGAACAACACCGUGCGCGUCCUCUUCCGCGGGCCCAACGAGCCCUGCGGCGGCCUCCUGUGCGAGAACGUGACCCUGGUGGAGGCGCACGGGCUGAUCCGGUGCGUCGCUCCGCUGGGCGUCGGGCGCGACGUGAACGUCGUCGUCGAGGCGGCCGGGCAGGACCACUCGCCGAUCAACACCGUGGACACGAAGGUCGAGUGGGCGCUGCAGCCCAACAUCACCUCGGUCACGCGGGCGCGCACGGCCGGGCAGCAGAUCACGAUCACGGGCAACGGGUUCGGCCCCGCGGGGACGUGCUACCAGCAGUACAUCACGCGGCUCGAGCUGCGCCGCGGGAGCGCGGUCGCGCCGUGCGCCAACGCGCUGGUCACGCAGAACGGCACCACGCUCACGUGCGACGCCCCGGCGGGCACGGGCGCGCUGUGGAGCGUCUUCCUGGAGUUCCGCGGCAACUACACCGCGGUCGGCGGCACCGCGGCCUUCUCGUACCUCGCGCCCAACAUCACCAACAGCACGCGCGCACAGGUCAUCGGGGGCUUCGUCGAGUUCGACGGCGACAACUUCGGCGCCGACGCGUCGCUCGUGUCGGUCCAGGUCACCCCUCCGGCCGCCCUGAACGUCGCCGCGUACGCGUGCACGUCCGUCUCGCUCCCGACCGCGCACCGCGUCAUCCGCUGCACGGUGCCGUCCGGCCUCGGCGGCGGGUACGACGUUCUCGUCACCGUCGACGGGCAGACGUCCGGCGCGACCGGCAACGCCAUAUUGUCCCGCCGCGUCCCGAAGAUCCUGAUCACGAACCCGAAGCUCGAGUUCUUCAGCGGCGACACCGAUUUGGUGAUCGUCGGGAAGGACAUUGGGCUGGUGGACCUGUCUCUGCAGACGAACGUGUACAUCGGGCAGUUCCUCGCGGACCAGCGCACGCUCGCGCUCACGCAGAAGUUCGGCACGGGCACGACGUGCCACGCGCCCUACCAGCAGCUGUACGGCGUGGACAUCUCCAACGAGAACUGCAACGAGAUCUUCGAGAUCCGCAUCAAGGUCCCCAACGGGUCGGGGAUCCAGCAGAGGGUCGAGGUGGACGUGGCGGGCGUGCGGUCGAACGCCACGGCCGACAACGCGUUCUUCGACUACCAGGCGCCGUUCGUGACGUCGAGCACGACGGCGUCGACCAAGGGCGGGGUCAUCCAGAUCUCCGGACAGAACUUCGGGCCCGUCGGGACGGUGAUCGACAGCGUGACCAUCGGCACCCGCGCGUGCGCCAACCCCGUGGUGCUCCAGAGCGACACCGUGAUCCAGUGCGAGAUGCCGGAGGGCGUCGGGAAGGACCAGGACAUCAUCGUGGCCAUUGGAGGCAAGAACUCGAGCGCGAGCGGGCAGGGCAAGUACCGCUACACGUGCCCCGAGGUGCUCAGUCUGACGGUGAUCAACACGAACGACGCGUGCCCGCCCGGCGCGACGCAUCCGUCGGGGUGCGUCCCGGGCAGGACCGGGCAGACGCUGCGCAUCCAGGGCCGCAACUUCGGCCGCAGCGCCGCGGACAUCUCGAUGAAGGUCAAGUUCCCGGCCAGCGUCGGCGCCGGGUUCUGGAACGCGACGGGCGGCGACGUGAUCCUCACGCCAGCCUACACGCAGCCGGCGCCCGGGAGCAUCGACGACAUCUACUCGAUCGACGCCGUCGUGCCGAGCGGGUUCGGGUUCAACCUCCCCGUCGCGGUGGAGGUCGCGGGGCAGGACUCGCUGCAGGGUUGCGCCACGCCGCGGGAGGACCCGACGUCGCAGGCGCUGCUGUACAGCUACGAGAAGCCCGUGAUCCGCUCCCACACGUUCCCCGGCACGCGCGGCGGCCCAUUGUUCGGGCAGACGACGCUGUACGGCUCGAACUUCGGGCCGGUGGGGACGGCGGGGCUCACGGUGACGGUGGUGCCGUGGUGCGAGGGGCGGGCGGACUGCGCGGUGACGAGCAGGCAGUGCGCGAACGCGACGGUCGUCGUGGACAACGUCGAGAUCCUCUGCUACGUCCCCGAGGGCGAGGGCGCCAACCUCCAGGCGGCCGUCGUGCGCCCCUCGGAGCUCACGGUGCCCAUCAUCUUCGGGACCUUCCGGUAUGCGCGGCCCGUGAUCGACCGCGUGCUCGUCGGGCUGUUCCGCAACGACACGCCGCCGACGGGCAGCGCGGGCACCGGCGCCGCGCAGCCGGGCGACACCAUCACGGUGUACGGCAACAACUUUGGCACGCGGCCCGACCUGGCGACGCUCGGCAUCUUCGACGACGUCACGGGCGGGCUGCAGCGGAUCGGGCUCGUGCAGCUCGUCGGGUCCACGUUCGACCUCCCGAAGUCGCACACGAAGAUCACCUUCCUCGCGCCGAACCUCAACGGCAACGCGCACCCCAUCCAGGUCAACCUGCUGGCGUCGCUCGGGACGCUGGCGUCCUCGUCGAUCCUCGACGGGUCCACGCGGAGGUUCAGCUACGCGCCGCCGACGAUCACGUCGAUCGACUCCGCGCCCACCGCGGGCGGCCCCAUCGUGUUGCGCGGGACCGGGUUUGGCCCGCUGGGCAACCGGGACCUCGUCGUGACGAUCAACGGGCAGAACUGCCCGGACGCGCAGGUCGUUGCGCUCGCGCGCACGAACGGCGCGGCGUGUCCGGCGGGCCAGGAGAACGUGUGUCAGGGGGUGGCCUUGAAUUGCACGGCGCCGGCCGGGACGGGCCGCGCGCUGUCGGUCGGGCUGCUGACGGGGCGGCAGACGGCGACGGCUGCGAUCUUCUCGUACAGGGCGCCCACGAUCCUCGGCGUCACGCCCGCCACGCAGCGGGCGGGGCAGCAGGUGACCAUCAACGGCACCAACUUCGGCACCUCGGCGACGGGCGUGUCGGUGUUCCUCGGGUCGUUCCCGUGCACCGUGACGGCGGUGACGAGCCACAACCGCAUCCAGUGCACCGUCGGCCCCCACAGCGGGCUGAACCAGCAGGUCCGCGUGCUGGUCAACGGGCAGUCCGUCACGUCGACGACCGUGCGCUUCACGUACGACUUCGCGGCGUGCAACAACCCCUUCGCGACGAACUUCAACCCCAACGCGACGCGGUUCGACCCCGCGAACCCGUGCGUCGUCGACGGGUGCACCAACUCCCUGGCGGCCAACUUCAACCCCGACGCCACGCGGGACGACGGCACGUGCCGCGAGGCCGACACCGUCAUCACGCAGGAGAUCCCGAAGAACUGCGAGCUGUCCAAGUCGGAGCCCACCAAGACGUGCAACGACCUCAUCGCGGUCUUCGUGGCCAACACGGGGCUCACGGCCCCCAACCGCACGUCCUGCGGCCCCAUCACGUGCGGCAGCACCAUCAUGGACCUGCGCAUCCGGGACGACCCCAGGGACCCCGCGCGCGCGUACGCGGACCGCGUGCAGGCCCUGCUGCAGGCCGGCACGUGGUCGGCGCCCGCGGACUUCCGCCCCAUCCGCGUCAACAUCCAGAAGCCGACGCCGCUGACGGGCGCGACGGCCGGCGGCGCGAACGGCACCGCGGGCACCGGGGACUCGGUGUCGCUGUCGUCGUCCGCGAGCGAGGGCGACCACGCGCUGCUGACGACGGGGGCGAUCAUCGGCAUUGCGGUCGCGGGCGCGGUGGUGCUCGCGGUGGCCGUGCUCUUCAUCCCGGUGAUGAAGGCGCUGACGGGGCGCAAGGGGACCGUGCAGCCGCGCGGGGUGCCGUUCGGGGGCGUGCAGAUCGAGGGAGUGGGCGCGGCACCGCCGCCGAACGCCCCGCGGCGGGUUGCGCCGGCGCAGUACCCGCAGGUGCAGAACGGGGUCGGGGCGUGGGGGGCGCAGAAUGGCGGCGCGAACACGGGGCGCUCGACGAGCCAGAACCCGUACGCCAUCCACAGCCACAGCGCGUUGUAG